GGUGAACUAUCAAAGAAAUAUGCAAAUUUAAGCCGUCAAUGAGAAUAAUAUGCUCCGCUUUUCUGUUAAGCCAAUUUCAAAAGUCUUCAUCACGUUAUUACUAUUCCCAAGUUCACAUUUACCCGUUGACAGAGACAACACCGUUAUGUCUACCGGAACGAUUUGAUAAAACUUUUAUUUCACAACAUUGUCGUAUAUUCCAAACACCAUUUUAUUCUCAAAGUAAUAAUAAUGAAGAUAAGCUUGUUAGAAAACUGCGAAGCAUCUGUUCACCACGUCGUGCUGAAUUAUUCUAUGAAAAGGUAUUGAUGAACAAUACCAGUCAUAAUAACAAGGAACUUGAUGUCGACCAUGAUGAUGAGAGUCAUGUACGAAUGAAGCAUCAAACACGUCAAGAGAUACAAUCAGCAUUGUAUGACUAUGCGUUGAAUCAUCUACUCGGUUUAUCCAACAGUAAACAGACCUCAGGGAGGAUUCCAUUUCUAUUGGAUCUUGGUUGUGGAUGUCAGUCGAAUGUCAUUAGUCAUUACGCUUCCUUCGCCUCUCCUUCAUCCUCUUCGUCAGUGUCAUCAAUGUCCAAUAAUCCUACCUUUAUCCCUAUUUGUAUCGAUCUGUUCAACACUGAAUUGCCUUUCCCAUCAAGAGAUGAUAACAGCCGCCGUACUCCUACUUCUGAAGUUAUCCAGUUGUUAAACUGUAAUCUUAUUCGUCAAUAUACAUCCCAAUCCAAUCAAAUUAUCCCGUUAAAAGACAACUCUAUCGAUUAUAUUAUAUCGAUUUCAUUUUUUCAAUGGUUAUUCAUCCAGCCUUAUUCAUUGCUAUCAUGGAAAUCGAUUGAUUUUCUAUUGUAUGAAAUUGUUCGCCUGCUGGAUCCUCGACAUGGUCAAUGUGUUCUUCAAUUUUAUCCGACGAAUCAAUUGGAUGUGAAAAAUAUUUGUCAAUCGAUAAGUAGAACUAUUCCGAAAUUGAUUGGUUGUCAACUGGUGUGUCGACCGGUUGUAAAUCGUGGAAUGAAGAUAUUUGUGUAUUUAACACCGGAAAGGUGAUGUUUUGUGGUGCGUGUGCGUGUGUAUGUAUGUGUGUAUAUAUAUGCCUGUAAAAGAGAGAUAUCUGUACAGAA